GCAAAAAGAUUUUCAACGAAUACUAAUUUUACUAUGUAAAAGUCAAAACUUCUAAGAGCAGCAGAUAAAUGAUAGGAUGUAGGUUAAAGUUUUUUUUACAAUAUUGUUAUAUUUACACCACCCGAUUGUAAUUCUAUGCAUUGUUUGAGCGAUAUAGGAAUAGGAAUGUUUGCGCUUGACCGUACGAUUGAAAGUGAAACGGAAUUUGUAUUGUAUUGAACUGCUAUUUAGUAAACAACAUUGACCUAAAAACAACAUUUUAUUGCUGAGCGAACAAUUGAAAUUCGUUUAAAACGACGCCCAACGUUGACAACAUUGAUGGAUUGUUCAAUGAACCGUAAAUUUACAUCUCAUUAGAUGAAUUGGUCGCUGUUGAUGCGUUUCUUAUUUAUUUUUGAAUUAUACACGAACUUUUAGAUUUUAUUAUAAAUUAUUAAUAUGAUUGGUAUAAUGGUAUAGUAUGAUAAUUAUUCUUAGUUUUUAAAUUUUCGUUGAUAUUUUCCGCAUUCAAGAGAAGGAAAAUGUAAAUCCUAGCAAAAGCUCUUGUAACAAUCUGAAGCAGCGCCAUCUGUUGGGCGAUAGGCCAACAUUGAAUGACAGAAUGAACUGUGGUAAUAUUACAGAUCGUCUCGUGAUGUUUAUCGAGAGUACUAAAACAUAUCUUAAUUUUAUAUUGCUUUUAAAAUGUUGCUUUUUUAUGUGUAGAAUUAUUUUACGGCGAGGUUUAUGUUCGAAUUUUAUGUGAAAAAAAAUCCAUUUCUCUAUCUAACGACCCCAUUAAAAGAAUUGACUUGCUAACAGAUAAGGACCAACAACGGAUUUUCUUAUCUUUUGAAGCAGUAUUUAUUUGUUGUCUGGAAGCAGUGAUUGUUGCAUAGCGAUAAUGUACAUCACCUGUCCAAUAUUCAAACGCACGUGAACAGUUUGCUUCCUGGAGAUUUGUUCUUUUUCGUAACAUUCGUAACAUAAAUGGCAUGUAUCUUUGUUCCACUAUCAGCAAAGUAGAUUCCAUGAUCCCAGAUAGAGCAAACCGGUCUGUGCUAGAUAAGACCGUUAUUGGAUGUUUCAAUGUAUACAAUAUUGCAUGAUAUUACUAAAUGAAAAUAGAUCAUACACCAUUAUGAGCCAGGUAGUUCAUUUUGAUUAAGCAUCAAUUACAAUCAUGGUGACUAAUCAAGUCCGCAUUUUUAUCGCUUCUUGGGGGAGGGUGCUCAAGAGAGAAGAUGCACAACACAACAACGACAAAAACAUUAUAAAUCAAUAUUAAAGGUUAAAGGCAAUAAAAAAAACAUCGUUUGUACCGGAAACGAAUGCAAAGCUAGCGGUCAACUUAUUCCCUCCGCCAUUAUAUUUAUGUGCUUUUGUGUUGGGAAUUUAAAUGCGAAAGUGUAAAGCUAAGAAGUUGACUCGUUCUAGGUUCGCUUAUCUAACACACUUUUGAAAGCCUUUUCUUACGAUUGUGCUGAUUUAUGAUGUAAUUUACUGUCGGUCGUUUUUGUUUGUUACCAACCCGCGGGUAAUGGAAAAUUGGACUUUUGUUUGUCCAAAACCCGCCACCAAAUUUCGAUGAUUGAUGCGAUACAACUUGACACGUGAAAUGUUUAUCAACGGCGUCUUGUGGUGGAAGAAGAAAAGAGUUCCUUUUUUUAUGCUUCGUAGCUUAGUAUCGUUAUCAGUAUCACAAUCGUCUCUACCACUACUUCCGCUUUUAAUACUACUAUUACUACUACAACUUGACUAACACCACAACAACGGCUUUUCGGCUGCAUAGAUGUCUCUUCCAUGCAGACGUUGGGCCAAUUUGCUUGUGUUCGAAGUAAGCUUUGCAUUGGACCACACGCUACAUAGGAUAUAAACCAAAUCGUGUAGCAACGCUGCCGUAAUAGCAUAAAAGUGAGCAUGGCCGGUAGUGGAGCACGGAACGUGUCAUCAUCCUACGGGAAAUGCGGGAGAGUUAACCGUCCCUCACGAAGAGAAUAAUACUGCUGUGUGUGAGCAGAAUUGUUGCGCGCUCUCGUUCGGGACACGUUGGUGGUUGUCUGUUGAAAUAUAGUUCGCUCCCGGAGCGUUUCGAUACGGCAAUCCGAAUGCGAUAUGCAACCGUGUUAUAUACCACCAAAAAUGCCGCCGAAGCAAACGAGUGUCGUAGAAGGCAAUUCAAACCGCACGGUGUCGUGCGUUUUGGUGUCCGUGUCCCGUCAGUCACCAACAUGUUCUCACGCCGUGCGGACGAAUAGGUUACGGACUGGGUUCCGCAAUGUCGUCGGCACAUUGUUUCGUAGCGCAAAGUUAUGAUUGUUUUGUUUUGUUAUGAUUUUCCUUCAUUUUAAAUUCAAUCAAUGUAUGGCGUACUGUGUGCAAUUGAGUUAGUGUUCUCUUCGUUCCAUCAAACGGUUCGGUGCUAACUGUGCUGUGCUAAGAAAAGAAGAAAAAAAAAACAAAUCGAUAAUUAAUUAUUAACAUGUGAAUGAAAAUGUUAUGAAGGUGACGAAAAGCUUUAGCGUAGCUGUGCAGCAAUAUGUAGAAGCAAAGUUACGGUUUUUUUUUAUUAAUAUUUAUUAACGGAAAAGUGACGCGUGGCGUGAAGUUCUAAAAAAGGCACUCACAAAGCUUUUUCUACGUUUUCCGAGUGAUUUGAUCGGCCAAUCGAAUAUUUACUACAACUGCAAAGAAUUGUUAACAACCGGUAGCAACACAUAUAUUUGGGAUAGAGUUUGCGUGUAAACUUUCACCUUCCAUGCUUUGGUAUUUGAUCGCUGGCAACCGAAUCGAACUGAAAGCGUUGUCACCAUGAUGGACUGGGGCAUACGACGUUCGAUCAUGUUCCACGUACGUCGCCGACCCGCGGACUCGCAGCCGCGAAGAAGGAAAAAGAAACCGCUCGGCGUAUCGAACGGUGGCAACAACAUUGGCGGUGACCGCGAAGGUCCGAUGCUGAUCGAGAUCACGCACAGCGGCGAUGGUGGCCGGCGCGUAAAGCUGGGCAGCGAACCGAUCGAGGUCGGUUCGGCCAACACUAAUGCACUGCAGCUGUUCGGUCCCUCCAUCCAGGCACGGCACUGUCUAAUAUCGAUGCAUGACGGAGUGUGCACCGUGACGCCGCUGCACGCCGACGGUACAACAUUUGUCAACGGUCAUCACAUCCAGCAGCCAACGAUACUGCACAAUGGUUCCGUGGUCAUGUUUGGCCGGGUUGCAUCGUACCGUUUCGUCGAUUCACCAUCGGACGGACGUUAUAAUCUGGCACUGUCUCAAUCUCAGCUCGAUUCGGCCUGUUUGUACGAAAGUCGAUCACCGACCUCACCCACAUCCUGGAACGAUGAAGAAAGCCGUCCCAUCAGCCCGAUCAGCUCGGUACAGAUGGGCGGUAAAAUGGCGGCCGGUAGUAAUGCGGGCGGUGGCGUUGGUGGUAGCUUUCUCGAUGGUCCUAUCGCUUCGACCAGUGCCGAAGGUGCAGCACAGCAGCAGCCUUUCGCGAAAACACCAUCGUACGACAUGCAAUCGACGGCUCAACAAUCGCAACAAACGCAUCCACCGCACAUGCACCACCAUCAUCAUCAUCAUCCGAGCGGAUUGCUCGUGACCGCAUUAGACGGACCGGAUGCGAUGGGUCCGGAUGAUACCGCUAGCUACAAAGGAGGGCACACUGGCAACGAACACAAUGACGGUGACCAGCAUCUUACCGGCGGUGCACCAUUCGGACCGGGAAAUGGUGGUGAAACAGAAACGAAAUCUAUUUCCAGCUUCAAAUCAAUUGGAUCAACUACCGACAGCAGAACGAGCACCUUUCCAAAGCUGCAACCGUCGCAUGCGGCUACAUCGAUUUCGGGUGAACCGGGCGGACAGGAACCGAUACUUCCGGCCGUGCUAGAGUUCCCGGAACAAAAUCAGGAACCAUUUCUGCAAUCCGUCAUCAGUGAGUUGGAUGUGAAUUCGCCCAACUUCAAGCUGGCACCGGUCUAUACGCUCUAUCUGUGCGCUCGGUACCGCGCGUCGACACACUAUCGUCCCGACCUGCAGCCAACGGAACGGGCCCACAAGCUGACGGUAUUUCUGCACCACGUUGCCAAUCUGAUCCAGAACGUUGUCCAGGAGCAGUACACCGAUGCCAAAAUUUUGUCCUUCUGGAUGGCGAACAGUUCCGAGUUUCUGCACUUUCUCAAAUCGGAUCGACACAUUUCGGCGUUCAGCGUCCAGGCGCAGGAGGUGCUGGCGGAAAGUGUACAGACGGCUUUCCGCAAUCUCGUGUCGAUAUUUCACGUCGAGCUAUCGCAGACGCUGAAUCAGUUCCUGUCGGAAAACAUCGAUCACGAUUCGGCGGCCGGACUGGUGCUGUCCGUGCUUGGUUCGGCGAUGGCUUUGCUACGCCGCUGCCGUGUCAAUGCGGCGCUCACCAUACAACUGUUUUCGCAGCUGUUCCACUACAUCAAUGUUGUGUGUUUUAACAAGUUUGUCACUACUUCACACAUGUGCACCAGUGCAUGGGGAAAAGCCUUAAGCGAGCGACUGUCGCUCCUGGAACUGUGGGCGGAAAAGCAAGGGCUAGAACUGGCGGCCGAUUGUCAUCUAGCGAAAAUCAAUCAAUGUGCCCAAUUUCUGCAAGCACCAAAAACGUCCGUAUCCGACGUGCAACAGUUGGCGUGUUCCUGCUUUCGACUAAACUCGCUCCAGAUGGCUGCCCUGCUCUCACAGGAAACCAUUCCACGGAAUCUGAUCGACACAGCGGUCCGGAUGGCGGAAUCCGUUGCGGAUGAGCUUAGCCGUGCGGAUGGACGUGAAAUACGGUUGGAAGAAUCGCCGGAACUGCCGCUUGCGUUGCUACUCCCGGACGAUGGUUUCAGCUGUGACGUAGUUCGGGGCAUUCCGGCCGGUUUGGUAGACUUUCUGAACCCGUUCCAAAUGGCCGGCUGGUGCCGGUUAGCAUCGCAACCGACCAGCAUAGGCCUGUGGACGGUGUACAUGCAUCAGUUCAAUCACGGACGUUCGCCGAGCGUUAUGUCGAGCAAGUUACCGCAGCCCGAAGUGCAGAUUAUAAAGCUGCACAAAAAUGCCAACGGAAUGGGACUUUCGAUAGUGGCGGCGAAAGGUGCGGGCCAGGAGCGGCUCGGCAUCUACAUCAAAUCGGUCGUCGGUGGUGGGGCAGCCGAUUUGGAUGGACGACUUCAGGCCGGCGAUCAGCUGCUGGAAGUCGACGGUCAAAGUUUGAUCGGUAUUACGCAGGAACGGGCGGCAGACCAUUUGGUGCGUACCGGACCAAUUGUAACACUGAAAGUAGCCAAGCAAGGUGCCAUCUAUCACGGGUUAGCAACUCUUCUCCAGCAGCCAAGUCCUGUUAUUCAGCGAGGCGGACGAAGAAUGUCCGAACGGGACAUGACGCGCGUCGGUACAAGCAGUGGCGAUAUCAGCAAGCCACCCGUACCCUCCUCAUCCGCCGGACAGCAAUUAUUAAAUAGUAAAUCCGUUCCCGCAUUACACCAUGUAGGCAAUAUUGGUGGUACAGCUAAUAAAUCCCGUAGCAUACAUAACCUUGCCGGUGGUGGUGUUGGAGGUGGAAGUGCUGGUGCGAUCGGAACCAGCGGUACCAGUCAGGAUCAAGGAUUCUAUCAAAACCUCAGCGUGUACAGAGCCCAAAAUCAGAGUCAUCCAAAUCUUGGUGAACGACCACCUAUGCCUCUACAGACAUCCCUCAAUUCACCCGGUGCUUCGAGCGUGGCACAGCAUCAGCAGCAAAUGCUGCAACAUCAACACCAACAGCAGCUCCAGCAGCACCAACAGCACCCGAUUCUAAACCGUCCAGCGUCUGCCUAUUUUAAUAGCAAUAAUAGCGGUAACAAUACCACACCUAGCAAUUUGUUACUGACAACGCAGAACACCAUGUCUUACACGAUGCCUAACCAGCAGCAGCCUAAUAAUAGUAAUAACGGUAAUCUAGCAAACAUAUCGCAGCAGGGCAACACGAUGAACAACCGGCUAGCGUCGACGAUGGGCGGAAAGCAGCAGCCCAUACCGCCGGGCGGUGCCGGAAACAAUGGCAACGUGAACGGGUUCAUGCGCGAUGCCCAGGCACAGCAAAGUCUUCGUAUGAAUCAGAUGAUGGCACCAUCGAUGCCGAACAUUGCACAUUCGGUGGCGGGCAGCGGCUAUCCGGCACCGGGCAUUAUCUCGGCUAGCCAGAGCAUGCAAAAUGUGAACGUAAUACCCGGUGGUCCGGGCAGUCCGGCUGGUAGUUACAACUAUCACGGCAGUGCUAACGGUAGCCCAAUGCUUUCGCCCCAAAUGUAUCCACACGACGGUCAGCAACAGCUAGGUGCGCAGCACCAUUCAUCACUGCUGCGCGGUCAGGCAAAGUUGGCCGAAAUGAACGAACUUAUCAAGCGUCGUCAGCAACAACAGCAGCAACCGGUAUCGUACAAUACUGCAACGACCAAUAAACCUCCUCAACAGCAGCAACAACCACAGCAAGGAUCAAACGCGACCAUGCCACCUACGACGGCACCGAAACCGCUGCGCACCCCAGACGAUCAGCCACCGCUUCCACCUGUCUCAACGCACCCAAUGUUCAAACCGGGCACUGGAGGACCGACCCCACUAAACAACAACGCGUACAGCAGCACCGAACCACCGAAGGUAGGAUUUUAUCCAACAAUGCCAUCGCAAAGCAAAAAUCUACCCCAGGUCGGUAGCAGCCCUUGGGAGCGGGAGGAAAAGGAGAAGGAAAGUGAACUGCGCCGUGAGCAUGUACGGGCCUGGCGGGAUCAACAGAUUGGCGAGCUGCAGUCACUGCCACAGCGCACUCCGAAGCAGGAAGAACAGCUGCGGACGCUUAUACUCGAGCGUGAUUUCGAGCGGCGUGCGAUGGAAGAAGAUCAAGACUACGACAAUGAUAUGCCACCGUACGGUGCCAAGGAUCAUGGCAAUGUGCAGGAGGUAGUACGCCUCACACAACCAAAUGCUGGAUCACUGACCGCACCGAUGACGAAGCUGAAGCAGGUCGAUAUUAAAACGCCAGCGGCCGACACACUUUCCAUCACUUCUAGCGAACAUUCAUCGAACGUGCCGUCGUCCGUUUCGACAGCAAUUGCUAAUUUUCAGCAACAGCAACAACAAGCGUCUGGUAGUGGCGCACCGCCUUUAAUACAACCCAAAAGCAUUCUUAAGCAUAACAACAAUAGCAGCACACCUUCAUCCCCAUCGAAAGGUGCCGCCAAGACGGCAAGCUUUGCGCACGACGGUAACAAUCCACCGGCCCGUGCCCAGCUUAAUCUGAGCGAAAUAACCGCUAACAAUACGAAUGCAAACCAGAUGAUGUCGCAGAUGGUGCAUGAUAUGAACCAGCUGAAUCUAACCUCGAAUAUGGGCGGAACACCGGCCACCGUAAUGAUGGGUGAAGAUCGUGAAAACAGUGAAUACGGUCAUCCGAUGGUACACGAGCAACAAACACUGAUCAACGGUGGCGUGAAUCCGUAUUUGCUGGCUGGUGAUGUGAACAAUGGUAAUGGUGGUGUUCCACCGCCACCACCACCGGAACGAAACAGUUCGUACGUGAUCAUGUCACAGCAGCAGCAGAAACUGCGAACAAGCACCGCUCCCACGGCGACGAAGCUACCAUUCAGCGGUCCAAACACUAGCAGCCCUGCACUGGAUUUGCAGCAACAGCAGCAACAACAGAAUGCGAUGAACAACAAUGUCAAUACAAUGGGCGGCGGCGGACGGUACAGUAAUAAUAGUCUGCUUAUGACGGCACCGAACAACGGUCAGCUCAACAACAAUCAAUCUACGCCAAUGAGUGGUGCCAACAAUGGGAACGCAUCGGGAAAUGCUUCGCUGCUGACGAACAGCUACAAGGACAAUAAGCGGGUGUCGUUCCACGAUGAAGAUGCCGGUAACAACAACAAUCCCGCGACGCCAAUGAUGGCUGCCGGACCGGCCGGAUACACCCAGGCCGGCCAUUUGAUAGGCGGUAGCAUCGGUAACGAAAUGACAGUCGGAAGCGGCGAACUAGGCACCAUCCUGGAACGGCCAGAUCCAGACCGUUUCAUCGAUGAAACUAUGCCGGCAAUGCUGCACACACCUACGACACCGGAUGGUGAGAACUGGAACAUGCAAAUACAAGCUACGCCAGGUGUAAUCGGUGCACAGGAAGUUUAUCGUGAUCCACGUACGCGCCGAUUAGCGGAACAGCAGCAGAAACAAAAAUCGGAAGCCGUACCAGAGAAGCUGUCGUUCAAGGAGAAGAUGAAAAUGUUUGCGCUGGAAUCGGGCGAAAACAAUACGCCGAAGGAUAAGCUAAAAAUAUCCCGCGCCCAAAGGGACAUCGAUGCCGUGCAUUAGACGGAAAGGCGCUAAACGUUUGCAGUUUGGUUUGCAUUCAUUUGCAUGAAUAGAUGCAUUUCCCCGCGCGAAAUACGCGCAACAUGGUUAACAAACCCUCUAGCAAACGUGAUUGUGUACGUCGAAUUAGAUCGUACACUUGGAUGAACACGCUUGCCCUUUAUCUGGAUAGUUUUCGUUUUACACCGAUUGUUUAUCCCGUGCAUAUAAAUACCAUAUAAUCGAUAUGAUAUCGGUACUAAAUCGUAGAUAGAUCAAAUCUUCUAGAUCACGUUAAAGAUGUAAAAAAAAAGAAGGAAGAUAUCAUACAGGAUGCAUACAUAAGCACAGAUACAGAUGCUUGUAUAAAAGGCGUUUCUUCAAACGAAACACCUGCAAGCGAUAAGUUGCGAUAAGAUGAUAAACAAUAAGGAUCAAAACAUAUAGAUGAUCGUUACGAUUGAUACUUGUACCCAAUGGACCAAGAUUGAUACUAGCAGAAAAGUUUUAAGAACUCAGCUUAGAAAAUUUGUUUCUGUUUUAUAUACAUACAUAUCUAUAUAUGUAUACCGAAUGAAGACAACCAUAGUCAGCUAGUGAGAAGUUAUAUUUAUCUAAAGAAAAAAAGUACAGAACAGAAAAUGCACACAGAAACAGGACAAAGAAGGAGAAGCAAAAGUCAAUGAAU